GAGAGGGAGGGUGAGAGAGAAAAAGGAAGCUCUCCGAUAAGUUUUUGUGUAUAUUUUUCAAAGUUACACAAACUUCCCCAAAGCAAAGGUAAUGAAUGGAUGCCUCGCAGGGAUCACUAAACUGAAACUGGAUCUGAAGGGGAGGACCGACACUAAACUGUCAACAGUUGUGCACAACUGAUGACAACAUCAAAUAUUAACACUUUUUAAGGCCUUAGGCCUCGAGUGGCUCUGUAAAGACUCUGGACUGAGAGGAAAAAGACAGAAUGUCCUCUGACUUGGACUCCAGUCUCACCAGCAUAGACUGGCUGCCCAGGCUGGGAAUCAGCAGCCUGCGCUCAGGGAAAGAGAGAGGAGGAGAGGGAGGUGGAGGAGAGAGGGACAAGAAGAGAGACAGAGGGAGGGAGAGGAGAGACUUCCUACCCUCUGUACCGGACCCCUCCCACUCUAAUUCUAAAGGAAAACCCCCUCACAGCUAUGCCACUCUCAUCGCUAUGGCAAUAGCAGCCGCUCCUGAGAGGAAGUUGAGUCUGAAUGAUAUCUACACCUGGAUUAGUGACACUUUCCCCUAUUACAGCCGAGCAGGCCGUGGAUGGAAGAACUCCAUUCGGCAUAAUCUAUCUCUGAACAAAUGUUUCAGGAAAGUCCCUCGGCCACAGAACGACCCUGGGAAGGGGUCUUACUGGACCAUGGAUGGACCUGCAGAGGGGAAUCAAGUGAGGGCACCUAAACGUCCCUAUCCAGAGGAAGAAGAGGAGCAACGGGAUACUACGGGGCUAAAGUCAGAGAGAGGACCGUCUCCUCAUCAUCCUCCAACACCCUCCCACACCGACCACCACCUCCUGAACACAGAGCCGCUGGCAGCCAUGCAGCAGCAGUCGCCCCAACCCGCCUCCCUCUCUCCUCCCCCCUGCAAGCAACCGUCACCGUAUGUGCCUCCAGUCUCCAGCUUCGCUGUUUCUCCUGUGCCCAGACUCUCACCUACUCCCCCCAUGUCUGCAGUCAACUCUUUUCCUCCUCCACAUCCACCUGGACCCACUUUUUCCAUCCUGACCACCGCUCCCACACCUCUGCCCGUACCUACUUUUCAUAUCCCCACUGUUGCUCCUACACCUCUGUCUGCUGCUCCAGCUGUUCCCACUCUGUCUUUUCCUGCUAAUUCAGGGCCUGUGUCUGUUUCCACUUUUUCUUGCACUCCUAACUCUGUGCCUGUUUGCACUGUGUCAGGCUCCACUCACACUUCAGUAACUGCAGCCCCUCCCCCUGUUGCCCCUUCUUUGGUUGUUGCCCCUCCUGCCGUCCAUGUAAAUGCCUCCAUUGAUCCUCCACUACGUUUCACUUUUGAUGAGAUGAACCUACCAGACCUGUAUGCAUCUUUCAAGUCUCUCUUCAAGACAAUGCGGGAGAGGGGAGGCUCACAGUCGGAGGUUGCUCCCCUGACUCUCCCGAGCAAUGACACUACUCCACUUCACACCCCGACUCUACUACCCAUGUCUCCUCACCCUGCAGCUACUCCAUCUGCACCACCUGUUCCGCCUGCUCCAGCUCCACAUCCUCCUGAGACAGAGCGCCUCACACAAUACUCGGUGCCCGCUGACUGGUUCAGUAACCCUGAUUCUCUGAAGGAGAGUUUCCGCAUCGCCAGUCAUCUUGACUGGGCAAACAUAGACCUGUCGGGUCACCCAGACCUGUUGGAGAGCAUGCGGCAGGCGGAGCUCUGUGACUGGGCCCUUGACCCGACACUCUUCACAUCUCUCUGUGAUUCUUUGAACCGCUUCUUUACGCAAAAAGGAAUGAUCACCUCUGGAAAUAACUCCCCAUUAGCCCACGGUGCACCUCAAUCCCUACAAGUCCAACCAUUUUGCUCAAAUCCACCUCCCACUCUGGCCAGCCUAACCCAUCCAUCGCCCCUGCCUUACUCUCCAGUGGCUCCCCCCGCCAACGGAGCACAGCCCCCCCGCAGGGCUCUGCAUAUGCAGGGACAAAGUCUUCAGAGGGCACCAUUAACGCAGCCUACCAACACAACUGCUGGGAUCCAGCCUCAGAACCUCGCACCACGGCCACGCCCUCCUUUAAAGAGCCUCCACAGCAACAGUGAGGAGAUUCAAGAUGACUUUGACUGGGAUUCUCUGCUCGUUUGACCCUUAAAGUCCGUGAUGAGAACGGAUGACAACUUUUAAGAAAAAUGUGACUCUUCACAACCAUUUUCAGUAAAUGCAAACACAGAGGCUGCCUCCUGGUUUUUCAUUUUGAAGCUCCUCUGGGAGCAUGUUUGGGAAUAAGUCUAUCACAUGACUGAACGCUGUAUUUCAACGUUUUUUCAUCUUUGUUAAAAUACAUAUGCUGUAAUGAUUGUGUUUCCUUAUAUUGCAGAUAAUUAGCAGGGUUAUUGUCGUUUGAAGUAUAAAUGUAUAAACAUGUUCACCAAAGAAAAUAAAAUGUAAAAUUACUCUUGUCACAUUGUGCUCAGUAUAUACAGACAUUAACUACAGAGCAAGCAUGAAACAAUACAUACACAUCCUGUGUUUUCUUUUAUUUGAUAAAUUUCUUUUGAUUUUUUUUCCAUUUUACUUUUCAAAUGUGAAUGUUCACAGUCAACACCACACAAAAUUCAACCUUACUCAAUAAAAGAGAUAUUUUCUUGUUGAUAUAAAAUAACAAUAAAUUCAUCAAACUAAAUUAAAAGAAUAGCAUGAAGCAUGUCAAGUCCCCGUUUCUUUUUCUUUCAUUGAAUAAUUGUCUUUUUUCUUUUAGAGAAGCAUCUUUAGCUCUCCCUCUCCAAAGGAAAGAGAGACGAAAAACAGGGACAGUGGUGCUCCAAGAGACCUGUACACCAGGGAUCCCAUAUGAAAUAUGUGAUUGAAAAUGAAAACUAAUGCUUCUGAUUAACAAAAAAAAAA